AAUCAGUAUAUUUCGCUGAGGAUCCUCGUGUUCCUGUUUUGAUUAUCGAGUUUAUAAAUUUAAAAAAGCUCCAUAAUGCCUAAAGUGAGAGCUGAGAAGAAAAGUCGAGUUCAUAAACAAAUUCAAAAACAAGGGCUGAAUUUCAACACCGACCUAGGUCAGCAUAUUUUAAAAAAUCCUAUGAUUGUUACAAACAUGGUGGACAAGGCUGCUAUAAGGCAAACUGAUACUGUACUUGAAAUUGGUCCUGGUACUGGUAAUAUGACCGUCAAACUAUUAGAGAAAGCCAAAAAGGUAAUAGCCUGUGAAAUUGAUCCAAGAAUGGCUGCUGAAUUACAAAAAAGAUUUCAGGGGACACCUCUAUAUCCCAAAAUUGAGAUAAUGGUUGGUGAUGUUCUAAAAACGAAAUUACCUUUCUUUGACCUAUGCGUUGCCAACUUACCCUACCAGAUAUCCAGUUCUAUUGUCUUCAAGCUCUUAUUGCAUAGGCCAUAUUUUCGUUGUGCCAUCCUCAUGUUUCAGCGGGAGUUCGCUCAAAGACUGGUAGCAGAACCAGGCGAUAAACUCUAUUGCAGAUUGUCAGUUAAUACACAACUGUUGGCUGUUGUUCACCAUAUUAUGAAAGUCGGAAAAAAUAAUUUUCGGCCACCUCCCAAAGUCGAAUCAAGUGUCGUAAGAAUAGAACCAAAAAAUCCGCCACCACCUAUUAAUUUUAAGGAGUGGGACGGUAUGGUAAAAAUAUGUUUUUCAAGGAAGAAUAAGACUUUAGGAGCUUCAUUCAAGCACAAUAAAGUUCUCGCUAUGAUGGAGAAAAAUUAUAACACUUUCGCUUCCCUUGAAAACAAAAUAAUACCUGAUGAUUUCUCAUUUAAAGAAUACGUUAACAAUAUAUUAGUUGAAAAUGAUUACGAGAAGAAGAGAGCACGCCAAAUGGAUCUGGAUGAUUUUUUAAAUUUACUUAAAAUUAUGAAUUCAGCUGGAAUACACUUUUCCUAA